UCAUUUAAAAAAAAGCCACCAGCUGCAACUGCUGAUGAGCUGUUUCAGGAUAAGACCCGUAGUAUAUGGUCCAUGGCUGAGCUUUUUCAUUUAGUCUGAAAGAAAAUGAGUUCACUCGUGAAUCAGCUGAGUUCGUCGUCCGUCAUGUCCGAAGAAGAAGAAGCAUUCGUAUAUGCAUGGUCUUUACGAAGCUCUGGUAUAUUUCCUUACGUUUUAGAUGCCGCAAUUCAACUCGGUGUCUUCGAUAUAUUAGCGAAAGCAGGUCCAGAUGCCAAGCUUUCUUCUAAACACAUCGCAUCGGAGAUUCGUGCGAAGAACCCCGACGCACCUUCCCUUCUUGAUCGUAUGCUUCGGCUCCUCGCCUGCUAUAAUUUAGUUACCACCGGCGCCCAUAAUGGAGAAGAUGGUGAAAAAGUGUAUGGGCUUACUUUGGCUGGUAAAGCUUUUGUUAAUGACGAAAAUAAUGGAUCUUUGGCUGCUUUUACUACGAAGAAGAUCCUGGUUGAUGUCUGGUUCCAUUUCAAAGAUUUGGUCCUUGAAGGUGGGAAUCUUUUUGAGAAAGUGCAUGGAAUGUCCAGAUAUCAAUAAAACGGCUUAAAUCCAGAACAUGCUAAGAGUUUUGACACCAAAAUGACAAAUGUUUCGAAGAUAAUAGUGAAGAAAAUACUUGAGAAAUACCAUGGAUUCCAAGGUAUUACCAAUUUGGUAGACGUUGGCGGCGGAUAUGGGGUUACUCUCAACAUGAUCAUCUCCAAAAACCCUUCCAUUAAAGGCAUUAAUUAUGACUUGCCUCAUGUUGUACAACAAGCCCCAUCUUUCCAUGGUAAUUGUUAAUUUCAACAAGAAGUUAUGAAUAACGUUUCUGACUUCAUUAUUAUUAUUGAUGGAAAAGAA